AUGAGGAGAAAGAUCAGGAUCGAGUACAUCACCGACAAGAGCAGGCGGCAUAUCACGUUUAGCAAGCGGAAAGCUGGGAUCAUGAAAAAGGCGUACGAGCUAUCGACACUUACCGGGACCCAGGUUCUGCUCCUCGUCGUCAGCGAGACCGGACUUGUCUAUACCUUCACGACGGCCAAGCUGCAACCGCUCGUGACACAGUCGGAAGGGAAAAAUCUGAUCCAGGUAGGUCUCGGCGUGUUCGCAACUUGUUGCUGA